AUGCCGCGGCCCGGCGUUGCCGCGUCCGGCGUGCACAGGCCGCGAUUGGUGCUGCUAGCCGCUCUGGCUCUGAUUUCGGCACCGCUUGGCUGCCAUGCUGACACAAUCUACAUUGAGGGCGAUCCUAUUACGCACGUGUCGGGAGGUGUGCCUCUCACGUUGGCCACGCUCUGCUCCAACAGUGCACCUGUGACCCCUUUUUGCGCACGAGUCAACUCCAAAUCCAACAAUGGGCUGAAUGUCCGCGUGAGUGGCAUUCCCCUCAACUGCAACUCCGCAGGUUCCUGCUCCAUCACAGCUCCUACCGCGGUGUGUGCCUCGAGCGUGGCCGGGGAUGAGACACUCUGCCAAACCAACACUCUGACUCGGCGUGUGCGCCUGAUCAAUGCCUGCCCUGACCCCGGCACCGAUAUCGAUGCGGGCGACUUUGUGGACCGAGCCGUGGCCCCCGUGCCCACCAACCAGCCCUUUUCCGUCCCUGGCUAUGACAGCCUGCCUGGCAUCACCUAUCGCAUGGGCAAUUAUACCAUCCGAUAUAGAACGGCCAGCGACGCCAACCCCACCUGCCUUUGGGAAGAUACCACCGCAGCGCAGAUUGCCGCGCGCAACGCACUGGGCCUCAGCUCCUGCGAGCGCCUUGUGAUAGUUGAGGACACCAAUGUGCCUCAGGUGAGCCUCUGUGGCAACUCAGUCAUGGAAUUGGAGGGUGGUGACGAGUUUAUUGACCCCGGUGCAACUGGCACCGACACGGUCGAUGGAGAUCUCCUCUACCUCGGCGCUGAAUGCGACAUCCAAGUCGAGGACGAUGGGUCAAUUACAUUCCUUGGUAAUCCGGGCGACAUUUGCCGCCUCAUUCCCGACGGUGACUUUGUUGAUGGCCGUCUUGUUCUCAACAACAAGGAUGUCAAAAACCUCACCAUCACUUAUGUCGCGCUCGAUCGCGUCAGCACCAGUCCUGGCACUGUCUCCCGCCUCCUCAUUGUCAAGGACACCAAGCCGCCCCUCAUCAACCUCUGUGGCCCGCAACGCAUCACCGUCGAAGCAGGCGAGCAGUACGUUGACACCUACUGUGGUGUUCAGCCCGAAAACAACGUCUGUCUUGAGCCGCAAGACGGGGGCAGUCUCAACGACGCGCAGGCCAAGGCCUACUGCGAGGCGCGUGCCAGCUCUGGCUGCCAGUGGAUCAACGACGCUUGCAUCCUGACCACGCACCCGUGCUUCGACCACCUCUCGGAAAAUGAAUGCACCGCCAACGCCCUGUGUCGCUGGUGCCCCCGAGGUGCCACCGCCGAAGAUAUCGUGGAUGGUGACCUCACGGCCUCGAUGUUUGUCAACAGCGAAGUCGACAUGCGCCCCUCCAUCCUCCCUGCUACGUUUACGAUUCGCUACUCGGUCGAAGAUAACAACGGUGUCUCCGCCCGUCAGGUGGUGCGCUACGUCACCGUGGAUGACAGCAAGGCACCUGAUCUUCAACUCGUUGGUAACGCCACCAUCAAUCUGGAAGGUGCCUCCUUUUUUUACGAUCCGUGGGCCAUUGCCACGGACGAAUAUUACGGUGAUCUCUCAAAUGAUGUCAGCCUCAUCUCCGUUCGCCAGGCUGGCAAUUGCAUCAAAAGCACUGGCUGUGGCCUGACUAACUUCAACGCCGUCACCUCCAUGGCCCCAGCUGGCACCCGCUGGACCCUCAAGUACAGCGUGCGUGACCCCAGUGGUCGCCAGGAUACGCAGAGCCGCAAAGACCGCGUCGUUGUGAUUGUUGACACCCAGCCCCCCGUUCUCACCCUCACGACCACCGACACAUGUGGCGAAUUCUGCACGUGGGAGGGCGCCACCACUUGGAUUGAUCCCGGGGCCACCGCUUAUGAUGCCCUUGACCAGAACGACCUCAACGGCUUCACCUACAGUGGUGUGACACGCCCCUCUCGCGUCAACUCGGCCGGACGCGUGGACACCGGAGCCCCGGCCUUUAGCACAUUCACGGUAGUCUACAGCGUCCGAGAUAUGGCAUUCAACGAAGCCGAACCCAUCAACAGAACAGUUAUGAUUGUCGACUCGACCAUCCCAGUGAUUAACGGUGGCGCCUUGACCGCGGCGGCGCAGGCUUCGCAGGGUUAUGUCGACCCCAACAUUACGGCACGCGACAGUCUCGAUGGCGCUUACGCGUACAGCCCUCGUCCAGCGAGCCGCAUCUUCCGCAGCAUCACCCGAGUGCCCGUCACCUGUGCUGCUGACGAGUUUGAGUCGCAGGCAGAAACUCGCAUUCGCCGCCGCGUGUGCACGGAUCUCACCGUAUGUACUGCCGAGCAGUACCAGGUCCAGGCACCCACACCCACCACGGACCGCGCGUGCAUCAACGUCACGGGGCCUUGUGCGCUGGGCGACGACUACGAGGUGGCUGCUCCCACCGCGACCUCUGACCGGCAGUGCAUUACCUGCCCCAGCAAUUCCACCAGCGCUGCUACCACCGUGGUGGAGACCCCCCGCGAGUUUCCCUGCUUCAACUUUUCAGCCCCCGUGGUCACGGAAAUCGUCGACCUUCUAUCCGUUCUCAGUACCACCACGCUUCUUCCGACCACGCUCGGUGCCAACGCUACCACUGGCUUGCCGGGACCCGCCUCCAACGCCACUGACCCCAUCCGCGUCUAUGCCUUCGUCAACGACACCCUGCGCAUUGAUUUUGAUGCCAGCCUCCGAGAGAUUGUCAGCGUCGAUGGCACCAUCAAUUCGAGCGUCAUUUACAACGUUUCGGACCCGGCCACCCUUGACGCCCUGUACCCGAUCGUGGAACUACGCAUUCCCCUCGUCAACGCGACUGUACUCGAGCUUUAUGAUGCCUUUGACCCCACUGUCGUGAUUUUGGUUGACGUGCGCGACCGACCCACUCUAGAUGCUUGCAACCUCAAUGCGUCGGGUCUGCUUCUCAACGGGUCCAAGACCUUGCUGGCCGCCCAGGCCAUCUACGAUGCAGCCUACCUCCGCUUUCGCCAGGACUAUCGCGUGGCGCUGGCUUCCCAGGAGGAGGACACCCUUGGUCGCUGCCAAAUUCUCAAUAUGCAUGACAUGGCCACCAUCCUUUUUGAGCACCAGUAUGAAACGGUGAGCGUGGGCCUUCGGCCCGCCAUGCCCUCGCGCCUCGCCUUUCUUGGGGCCAAUCAAUCAAACGGUCGCUUUGAGUACCGCUUGCCCGGUGCCUCCGACUGGAUCGCGUUGGGUUCAAACUUUCCCCGCCUCGUUCCCACCGGCUCGGCGGCCGCACCCACCAAUUUUCGGUUCUACGGUGACGCUGACUAUCACGGCACGGUAUUGGUUGUCUGGGCAUUGGCCAGUGAUGCGACGGGCGCUGCCGGUGCCUAUCAUGCCACCGGCUCCCUGGAGGUCGAGGCCAUCAACGACGCUCCCAUUCUUGAGGAUGGCAUCGUCGCUCCCUACAUGUUUGAGGACGAGGACCCUCCUGCUGACAUUGGACGCAGCAAGGGCUUUGCUGCCAUUGACCUGCUGCGCAUUGACACCAACCCUCUGCCCAACGUGGUAGAAUAUCAGUAUUUUGUCACAGACGUUGACACGAACCUCAUUGUGAACGGCACCAUGGGCGUGGCCGUCGUGGGUCUGUUUCAGAGUGAGGGUGUGUGGUCCUGGACUUGCGAUACCCGUGGACUUGGUGCCAAUGAUGUCCUCGCCGCGUCGGCUGAUGACUGGUCCUGGUUUUUCUUUGACGGUGGCUAUGACACGGUCCUGCAGCGCCAAGUCACAGAGCCCAGCUCAACCUUUGCCACUCUGCUCGCCCAUGACUGUCGCAUUCGAUACCAGCCCAACCCAAACUUCAACACGGAAAUCAAUGCCGCGGGCGAGUAUUUGCCUGCUUCCAUCAAGCCCUACUUGCUUGUCCGUGCUUGGGACAUGUCCAACGGCGAGGAUCUCGCUGGUUUGUCGGGUGCGGACACGUCCACGUACUACCACACCGGGCCAUACAGCCAGCAUAUUGCCACCGCGGCCAUGGAUGUGUAUCAGAGCGGUGACUUGCCCAACAUUUUGCUCACCGAGGACGGUGGAGACUACGCCACCACGUUUCUGGAAGGCAACGUUCAAGGCGUGCUCUUGGUCAACGACUCCUAUGUUGGUCUCAACUACCUCGACGGCAUCAGCAUUGAAGAGAUUACUGUGACCCUUACCAACCGCUUGGAUGGCGAUGCCGAGCGCAUUGUUGUCAAUGUCGACGACUCUCCGCUCACGGCCGAAACGAUCGCCACGGCUGACACCUCCACCAUCCGCAUCUAUUCACCCACUAAUGAACGCCAUCCGCUCACCAUCUUUGCUGCCGUGCUCCCUACCCUCCGCUACUUCAACGAUGCCGACGAACCAAACCCAACAGCUCGCGUCAUCAACUUUCAGGCCCGCGACGAGGACCGUCUCGGCGAGAUCAGCACCACCGAGGUCCGUGUGCAAUUGGCUGAUGACCCUCCGCAAGUGGACUUUGGCAGCAAUGCCUAUGAGGCCUUUAUGCUGUACGAAGACCUUGGAAGCCCAGUCACGCUGGCGCCCAGCGCCGUGAUUGAUGACGCCGAUUCCACCGUUCUGCGAGCGGCCACCGUUUCCGUCAGUAGCGUCAUCGACUACGAGUGGCUCCUUUUCAAUGAGUCAUUCCUGCCUGUCAACCUCACCGUUGAACGCGCAGGCCCUGCCACCCUGGUGUUUCGACCACGCAACGCGACCGUGUUGCCCCUGGCCUUCUUUCAGGCAGCCUUGCGCCGGGUGGAGUACGUUUUCCCGUUGGCCAAUGUCAGCACCAACACCACCGGUGAUGACGACGAUGAUGUCUUUGGAAACGCCACCACAACCACGGCUGCACCCGUUGUAUUGCCCACCGCCCUGAACCAGGCUCGCACCAUCAACUUUGUCCUGCAGGACGAGACCUCCGAAGGCGCAUCGCCCGUGUAUCUCUCAACGGCAAGCAUUGGCCUCCCACCCAUCAUUGACCUCAACGGCAAGGCGCCCGGCCGCAACAACUUGCGGCCCCACCGCUUCGUGGAGGGAGGGCAGGCAGUGCACAUCUUCAACGAGGAUAUGUAUGUGAGCGACUCAAGCAACAGCCAACAGCUGUUGGGCGCCCAGGUCUACGCCGAAGCAUCCGCCAAUUGUGGACAAGAGGUUUUGGCCUGGGAUGCCGCGCUGGCUAGUUCUUCGGGCAUCUCUGUCGUGCACAACAGCCUCGCACCGAUUUUGACCCUGUCUGGAACCGCCACGAUUGCGCAAUACGUUGCGCUGCUGCAAACAAUCACGUAUGCCAACCAAGCAGAAGCGUUUGACGGCGGCCUGCGCUACAUUUACGUGACAGUGACGGACACGGAGCAAUUUCAGAGCCCAGCGGCCAUGACAACCGUGCGCUUGAUUGAUAUCAACGACAACCCGGUGCUGUAUCCUGAUCAGGGUGUUGAGGCCCUUGCGGUGCGCCAAGACGCGCAAGAGGACACCAAUACCGGCUUUUCCCCCGCCACACUCAUGGCCCGAAAGGCGCCUGCGCUUCUCACCCGCCCGCGCAUUCAGCAGAUUGGCUGUGGUGCGGAUGGCCAGGCUGGCUGCACGUGGUGGGAGGCUGCAUCCACUUGCCGAAACGUGGCGCUGACCCUAUGCAGUGCCGCGGAGGUGCGGGCUAGCUGGCCUAACGCGACGAGCGGAGCCGCGACAGUGGGCUGGACCAAUACGCUUGCCUCGGCUUCCGAGGUCCCGGCCUUUGCGGGGCUUGUGGCCAACACUGUUUCGCGUAGCAAUCUCUCCAUAUUUGAGGACGUGCGCCCCAAUCCGACGUAUGCUUACAUUCUGCGCUCGUACAACUUGGCCUCCGAGCCGCUUUUUGGCGUCGCCGAGCGUAGCGAGUCCCUGCUUGGCGAGCCAGUGUACGCACUUUGCUGCCGCCUCCCCCAGGCCGCCAAGCAGGCCCCUGCCAUCCUGCCGCGCGCAGAUUUACCAGUGGACGCGCAUCUGAACCUGACAGCGGGACGCAUCCACCCCAUCUCCUCGAUCAAACUUGAAGCCGAGGCUCACCUCAUGGGCAAGGGCAUCUCGGGACACAUUUACUUCGAGCAGUUGACAGCCGAUGCACCCGUGUCUGUGCGCGUGAACAUUGAGGACCUCAACGUCAACUCCAACGCCAUGUACAAGCUUGCCAUCUAUGCCCAGCCCGUGGGUCCGGCCAGCGUGGCUGAGCCUUGUGGUCGCUCUUACGUGGGGCGUAUGUAUGACCCGUUGACCAUUGGCUCAACCUGUGCCGCCGAUGAUGCCACGCUGUGCGCCAUGGGUAACAUUAGUGGGCGACACGGCGCCUUUGACGAAGUGCAAUACCAACAGGGUCUUUUGGACCACACCCUUUCGCUCUUCUCAGCCCACUCUGUCGUGGGCCGAUCAGUCGUAUUGCUUCAAAAUGACGUCCCCCUAACGUGCGGUAACAUUACUUGGGCUGCCACUGUACCAACCCGCCGUGUACGAGCUUCCUUUGAUGGCUACUUGAGUGGCACCGUCACACUUACGCAGCCCUCAGCUGCAGCGGGCCUGGAGCCAUCCGCGACCGCCUAUCCAUUAACGCCCACCACGGUCCAGGUGGCUCUGCGGGCGCCCAUCGCUCAAAUCUCUGCCAUCUCCUGGUUUGUGGCUGACGAAUCUUACAAUGCCAGCGCAUGUGCUGCAGCAACAACCGUGGCUGGACCCGGCCCCUGGCGGCCGGUCACGCACCUCUCGGGCGAUUUCACAGCUACCGUCCCCGCCUUCACUGAAUCCGAGUAUGCUUAUGAUGCGCCCUCGGGCUCAGCCACGCUUUUGAUUGCAAGCGAGCGCCGCCUUUCUUGUCUCCGCAUGACGUUGCGAGAUGACUCGCUUCGAUUGCUGGCAGAUGGCAUGUGGGCCCAACUCGUGGCGGGCUCCUGCGCCGGCACGGGCUCAUCCGCUGUGCUUUUGCAGGCCAAAGUCAGCUGCAACGCCAAUGGCACUUGCGAGGCACUGGCGUGUUUUGACGACGUCGUGCUGAGUACCAGCUCCUCGUAUGCAGUGCGCCUGCACGCCAACUUUUCCGAGCCCUCGGCCGCUGUAUGCGCCGAGCUUGCGCAAAGCUCUUCGACGCAGCCUUGUGCAGACCUUGUCGCGGGCCAACCUCUGGGAUCAGUCCUGUGCGACGUCGGUGCUUUGUCCGAGAAGCAUGGCAACUUGGUCAUCGACUCAAGCUCCACGGCUCGAAGCGUGUUCCAAGAUCCAGAUCUACCCCUGCGCGGGUCGGCUUCGGUGUCAGGAAAAACGCUGGUCCUGCAGGUGGGGAGCACGGUGCAGUGUGCGCCUCUGCUGGUUGAGGCCCCGAUGCCACGCGUAGCCGAGGCCUACUUUGACCUGGGCAACGUCCGAGGAUUGGUCACGUUUACGCAAGACGGCCCCACAAACCCCGUGAGCGUGUCCGCGGAAAUGUACGUGGCCAGUGGGUCGUGGACAUACACCAAUGCCGGCCUGCGCGUGGUCGAGACAGCCGUGGCGACACUGGCUGACGGCGCUGGUCUCUCGACGGCCAUGUGCGCGGAUACGGGCGAUGUAUUCGCGCCCACGGGUGCCGGAACCGGGAGCUGCAGUCAGUCGGUACCCAGCGCUUGCGCGGCCGGUGAUUUGCGAGGCAAACACGGCAGCUUCUCCACCCCCGUGUACAACUCUGAUAUCGGAAAGUACGUGGCCAGCAUGAGCCUGGUGGAUAACGACAUCACGCUCUUCGGCCAGCACAGUAUUGUGGGCCGCGCUUUGGCUCUCGUAAACAGCGGCACUGCCAAAAUCAGCUGCGCUAACAUUCGCGCCACUGGGCCCUACGAUACCAUCAGUGCAAAGCUCCAUGGCUCCGUGGCCGGCGUGGCUCACUUUAGCCGCCCGCGCUUCUGGACCACGGAUGAAGUCUUCGUGACGCUGGACCUGACCCAGCGCGUCUCGGGUGGGAGUGUUGCGUGGUCCCUGAACGAGGCAAACGGCGAUUGCGGUUGCGCUCAGGCCAGGGACGUCUGGGCGCAAACAGGCGCAGCCGAGUGUACGCCGGGUCAGGAUGCAACGCACACUACCUGUGGCUACGGAGACAUGAGUGGCAAGCAUGGGUAUCUAACCAGCUUGACAAGGGGACGCCACCGGUAUUCGUUCACGGACAUGAACCUGCCCUGGACCGAAUUGGCUGGCAAAAGCAUUGUCGUGUACAACGACUUUGCAGCCAGCUCACGCGUGGCUUGCGGCACCCUGACGCCUUUGCAGGACCGCGUGGCCUACGGUGUCGUCGUGCAGUCGGGCAUCACCGUCAAUGUGACCAUGUCCCAGAAUGGCCCCAUGGCCCCCCUUCAGAUCAAGCUGGAUGCGUACGACCUCGCUGGCAUUGACCGUCUGCAGAUUUUGCAGGCGGGGGCAUUGGCGCAAGCCAACGCAGAUGACGUGGUUGAGCUGACGUGCUCUACGGGCGGCAACAUGUAUAACCCCUUUGCCAAGGCUACCUGCAGUAGCCUGCGCUUUCAAUCGGAUGACAACUGCGCCAUCGGUGAUUUUUCCGGCCGCUUCACCACGGCUGAAGACUUGGUCGAGAUGCAACACGUUUACACUGACCGCUUCUUGUCCCUCUACGGUCCAGCCACCGUGGCGGGCCGCGCAUUCACGCUCCUUGGUUCGGCUAUCCUUGCCGCACCCUACGAGGCUUAUCGCAACAAGCCUUUUGUGUGUGCCAACUUGCGCCCUGCUGCUACCGUGGCCGGCGGUGACCCAGCUUUUGUAACGCAACCCGGUGCACACGCCGUCUUUGACGAUGCUGAAGCGCCAUUCACUGGCGAGGUGGUUUUUGAGCCCUUGUACGAUGACGUCUUAUCCGAGCUUCAGAUUUCAGUGCGCCUGUCACUGACUGACGCGUCCAUCUUGACGGCCUGGUACAUUGGCGAUGCUACCUCAUGUGAUAACCCAGCAUCACUCACCACUGUCUUCAAUCCAGAUGAGAUCAACGCGGCCUCCAUCUGUGGGACCUAUGAUGCUCAACUGGGCUGCGCUGCUGGCGACCUCACGUCCAAGCAUGGUACACCUUCGGGCAGUGUCUUUGGCCAGUUUGUCGAUCGUGAGCUAGUUCUUGACGGUGCGCGCGGCAUCAUGAACCGAGUGCUGGUUCUACAGUACUCUGCAGCCUCAACCGGAAGUGCGACGCGUCUGUGCGCGCCCAUUGUCCCGCAUGGUCGUUCUGUUGUGACCGAUCCGGACGAUACGAGCAUGGAUGCACACUAUGAUCUGGGAUUGGCCAUUAUCGGGCUGAACGAUGAUCAUGGCUAUUGGCAGUACCGCGAGUCGGCGCUGGAGGACACCUGGACAAAUCUAUCGGUGGCUGCCGUGACCAGGCGAAAUGCGCUGCAUUUUGCAUACAGCAUCAUCCCCCGCUUGCGCUUCGUGCCUGAGGCAGGCUUUGCUGGUGACGAAAACUGUGAGACGUGCCCCAUCCCGCGCGCCAAGUCGUGUGUGCCUUGCGCUUUGAAUAUGACUGCAGGUGGAGUGUCGUUCGUGGGCUGGGACCUCAGCAACGGCGACUAUGACGGUCAGUUCUUGGACUUGUCUGCAGCCAGCACAGCGGCCUACUCGACCGCAAGCAAAUUUAUGACCGUUGAGAUUGAGUUGACGCGCGUCAACGAAAGCGUGCCUGCUGGCACGCAAUACUACAUCGACUUUAGCGUCCGUGAUAACGUUGGCAAUCAAAACCAGUUUCAGCGUCAGCUCACCAUCGUGGACCUCGUCCCCCCGACUGUGGCGGUGCGUGGCCAAGCCUCCAGCACUUGGGAGGGUGGCUUUGUUUACGUUGACCCUGGAGCCACGGCAUUGGAUGGCCAGGAUCUUGACAUUACGGGUGACGUGCGUGUAUCCAGCAUUGCCCUCGUCUCGGGGCCCCUUGCUCCCGAACCGGAGGAUAGCCCACGCCUUUUCGACUGCACGCUGCCGGCCUCCAACUGGCCCGUGGUAGGUGACGAAUUGCAAUGCCGCUCCCGGCCCAAUGUACGACCAUCAUACUACUCGUUCAGUUGUGUGGUGCCUGGACCGAAUGUGACACUACCCUACCAACCCGGCGUUCAAGUGGCCUUGACGGGUCUGGGCCAGCCGGUUGGCAUGAAAGAUAUUGUCAGUGUGGAGAACAAGACCUACCCGUGUGUGCGCUCUGGCACUGGCCUGCGUUGCUAUGAGGCAUCUUCGGAGGAGCUGGAGCUUGACAUGCCCACCGGCAUUCAAGACGUGACUUUGUCGUGUGCCGUCGAGGUCACAGUCCCCUACUGCCUGCUGGACGACUAUCGCUUGGCAGUACGACACCCCAGGCCGACUGACCCCCGCUUUGUGAACACGGCCGUCAGCGCCGGAACCACCUACCGCAUUGGGUACACGGCGACUGAUGCCACCUCCAAUGAAGCCAGUGAGACAUACCGGACAGUGACGAUCGAGGAUACCAUUGCACCGCAAGUUCGCGUUCUGAGCCAGCGCGUGACGCUAAACAAGGUGCGCGGCGGCUCGGAAACGUACACCUAUGUGGAACCCGAUGUUAUCAACGAGGUGGAUUGUCCAGGCCUUGCUCUCACUGACUUUGAGGCCUGGGAACUUCCUUAUCUUGCAUGCUCCUACGCGCUCGACAUCUUGGAUGGUGACGUAAGCUGCCGCUCCUCAGUGACGCUCUACAAUCUCAAUGCCGUGACCAACGGCACUUUGGCCCGCCUGGCCCACGCCGCUUUCGUGCUUUGGGAAGCCGACGCCGCGGCUGCCGGUGCCACCGAAGCUUUUGAAGUGUUAACGGUCGCCAACAAUUGCUUGCUGUUCAACGCCGCAACGCGCGGCUUACUCUCGACUGCUGCUGGCGCUGCUGCGACAGCAGGGGCAUCGGCAGCAGCGUCUGUGGCCGAACAGCGUCUAGUGGAUGCACGACAGACAGCAGCGGAGUUGGCUGCUGCCGUGAACGAUUCGUUCUGCGGCAGUGAGGCCCAGGCCAGCGUACUCGGAACCCUCAAUCCGUCCGCGCCCGUCGGUUCAAGCUAUUUUCUGCUGUACUCAACCGCUGAUUUGAACGGCAACACCCGUGAGUUUCAGCGACUGGUAACCGUGGCAGACUGGGCUGCGCCCAACGUUACGGUGGCAUCGGAUCCCAACAUCACACUCGCCUAUCUGGCCAACUGGACCGAGGCUGAUGCGCUAGUCGGGGUGACGGCUGUCGACGGAGUUGACGGGAAUCUGACCGCGAACCUGACGGUCCUGACACUACCCAACACGGCCGUUCCGGGAGUGUACAAUGUGACUUUCAGUGUGACAGACAGCAGUGGCAAUACAAACGACUGGGUGUACCGAACUGUGCUGGUGCUGGCUGCACCGACCCGCGAGCUGGAGGACAACCAAGUUGAAGUCAGCGCGACAUACCUCCUGUCAAACGUUGCGCCGACCACGUUCAAUACGGCUGAAGGUCAUCGUGCCUUCUACGCGGCAAUACUGGAAUUGUUCCUGACGAAUCAGUACUACGACUUUACCACGUUCAUUAAUGCGUCGAGCUUUUUCGACUUGAAGGCGGUGGAUUACGCGCAGACCUCCAACGACGAUUCCUUGGUGACAAUUCGUGUCGUGGUUCCUUGCAAUCGGGCUGCAAACACCACGAUUGCCUUUGGCAAUUUCUCCAGUCAGGGUAGUCUGGCCAUCCGGCUCCGUGCUGCGUCCGCCAUCUUCAGGAAUCUACGGUUAUCCAUGAACUCGGACCCUGUUACGACUGGUAGUACCUGCCCACCCGUCAAUGUGGCCGCUUCGGGCUCCGGCCGUCUCUCGACCGGCGCUGCCAUUGGCCUUGGCGUGGGCAUCUUUGUCCUUCUGUUUGUGGUGGUGUUUGUCAUUUGGUGGUUCAAGUGCCGCCGCGACAAGGAAGAUGAAAUGUCUCGCCUCCUAGCUGGCAUGCACGACCCUGCCCCGAAGCCAGAGGACAACGCCAAGUAUCAUUACAUUAAUGGCGUAUUGGUGCGCAUCGAUGAGACUGAGUAUAAGGACGACAAGGUUGUUGUUGAGGAGGAGGACAUCUACGACAACACCAAGCUCAACAAGAAGCCUCGUGCCGUACCGGUCCCACCUUCACAGGGGGCGCUGGCGUUCACACCCAGUGCUGAGGAAACGUACGAGGGUGUGGCGAGCCCGUCCGGGACGCGAGUCAACAAUGCUGGCGGCAGCAGCAGCAGCACGACCUUCAUGCUCUCCGGUGAGGAGACAUACGAGGGUGUGGACUCACGCACCGGCUUUAACACACACAACAACACCUCGUCGACCGACGAGCAGGGUGGAUAUUUGGACAUUGGGGACGAGCGAGGAAACAUACGACACAUGCCCUAUGAGCGCACGGGUGAGCUGGCUGCGGCCACCGAGGAGCUCUACCUGGCACAGGGCAAGAUUGAGCCAGCGCCUGCUCCGCAACCUGUGCCUUUACCGGUGCCUAUGGAAGAGGACACCUACGACACGGUGGCCGAACCCAAGGCAGCCCCCGUGAUUGCACCAUUUGUGCACACGGCCGAGGACGUGUACGACGGGGUGGAGACCGUUAAACCCGGCUUUGCGUCGCACGAUCGCAGUGAACGCACGGGUGAGCUGGCUGCGGCCACCGAGGAGCUCUACUUGGCACAGGGCAAGAUUGAGCCAGCGCCUGCUCCGCAACCUGUGCCUUUACCGGUGCCUAUGGAAGAGGACACCUACGACACGGUGGCUGAACCCAAGGCAGCCCCCGUGAUUGCACCAUUUGUGCACACGGCCGAGGACGUGUACGACGGGGUGGAGGUAACCAAGCCCGGCUUUGCGUCGCACGAUCGCAGCGAGCGCACGGGUGAGCUGGCUGCGGCUACCGAGGAGCUUUACCUCGCGCAGGGCAAAAUUGACGCGCCUCCGACCACAAUGAGCUCGUUUGGCGGCGUGGGUGGCACCGAUGAUGUGGCUGAACCCAAGGCAGCCCCCGUGAUUGCACCAUUUGUGCACACGGCCGAGGACGUGUACGACGGGGUGGAGGUAACCAAGCCCGGCUUUGCGUCGCACGAUCGCAGCGAGCGCACGGGUGAGCUGGCUGCGGCUACCGAGGAGCUUUACCUCGCGCAGGGCAAAAUUGACGCGCCUCCGACCACAAUGAGCUCGUUUGGCGGCGUGGGUGGCACCGAUGAUGUGUACGAGGACAUGGCCACGGCUCACACGCCGCGUGGGCAAGUCCCGACAGGAUUCCAAAUGUCGACCGACGACAUUUAUGAGGGCGUGGAGGAUGCCAAGCCCGGCUUUGCGGCGCACGAUCGCACUGAGCGCUCUGGCGAACUGGCGGCAUUGACAGAGGAGUUGUACGAAGUUCAAGGACAGGAUCGUGGCGCUGGCCCAAGUCUUCCACCCAUGCCUUCGCGGCCUCCCGCUGCCGUGCAGCACUGGAGCCAGGAUACCCGGCGCUAUGUUCACGGGGCUCUCUCCCGUACCGAAGCCGACAGCAUGCUCACACGAGCUGGUGGCGAAGCUGGUACAUUCUUGGUACGUGCUCGCAAGGGUACUCAACAGUACGUCCUCUCCCUCGCCCUCUCGGGUGGCAAGGGGGAACAUCAUGUGCUCGAGCGAGGCCCGACGGGUGCUUGGCAAAUCAACGGGUCAGCAACAACCAAACCGUGCACCACACUUGAGGCACUGGUUCAGCACCUUUCGCAAACGGCCGACAUCGUGGGCCAUACCUUGACACAGCCUGUAUCGCCUGCAUAAGUGCCCAGUAUUAAACACCAUAACUUGAACGCUGGCCUUCUCUUGUACUUUAAAGUUUUGCUUUUAUUUUUCCGACAUUUUGGUUUGUUUUUUGAACAAUUUUUUUUCUUGUUUUUUUAAUGGUCUCUACGUUGCCGCCUCGCAAAAGCCAAGCUUUUCUUCUCGCGGUUUCAUCUUUUGUUUUUUCGUCUGCUCGUUUUUUGCCGGUCCCGGUAUCAAUUGAAACGAACAUGAC